UUGGAGAAAAAAAAAUAUUAUUUGGAGGAAACUACGCCCGCGUUUCCCAUCUCGGUUCUCAUCGGAAUUUCUCGACCUCGGCGGCGGCGGCGGCGGCUUAAUCGUGGAAAUGGAAGCAAUAACGGCGGCGAAGCCUUUGAUCAGAGUCGCAGCUCUCUCCGGUUCUCUUCGGAAAGCUUCCUACAAUCGCGGUCUCAUACGCGCCGCCAUGGAUUUGACGAAGGAAUCUGUGAACGGAGUGCAAAUUGAGUACAUCGAUAUAUCUCCGUUACCGAUGAUCAACACCGAUUUGGAGGUCGACGGGACUUAUCCUCCGGCCGUCGAAGCUUUCCGACAGAAGAUUCUACAAGCCGACAGCAUCCUCUUCGCUUCGCCUGAGUACAAUUACUCUGUCGCAGCACCUAUGAAGAACGCGAUUGAUUGGGCUUCAAGACCGCCCAAUGUUUUCGCCGAUAAACCUGCUGCCAUCAUAAGCGCUGGCGGAGGUUUUGGUGGAGGACGAGCUCAUUAUCAUCUUCGCCAAAUCGGAGUAUUCCUCGACCUUCACUUCAUCAACAAACCCGAGUUUAUGCUGAACGCGUUCCAGCCUCCUGCGAAAUUUGACAGCGAUGGCAACUUGAUCGAUGAAGCGGCAAAGGAGAAGCUGAAACAAGUGCUCGUCUCUUUGCAUGCAUUUACCCUUCGACUCCAAGGUAAGUGAAAUCGAAUAUGGCGAUUGAUGUGUGAUGUUCAUGAGAUUGGCAUUGAUAUUGUUGUUACUGUUUGUCAGUCACUUGUAUUGAACAAUUUCUCCAUUCUUCAUGGUCAAAAAUAUCUCCUGCAUUAUUGGCCAACUUGUUUGUCGGUUUUGUUGACUUCUUGGCUUCUUGUUUGUUGUAUGAUGCUCUUGACGUUUCCCAUGAACUUAUCUUAUAUAAUUCAUAAAGAUGCCAUGAUGUGGACUCGUACA